AUGUCCAGCAACAACUAUUCAAUCCACUCCAUCAUCGCGGCCUACGGCCUGGGCAUUGCUCCCCACAGUUACUAUCUCGUGAAGAUGAUGGCCAACGCAAAGGACCAAUCAAGCAACAUCCUACCACGAGAGAACCUAGCUAAUCUGAAAGGCAAAGUCUCAACCCAAGUAUGGGAUAAGCUCGCCAGAGCCCGAGGAGCACAUUUGAAUGCCAUGGAGGGAAUCCCAAUGUUUGCCGCGGCAAUGCUCGCAGGAAAUCUGGCAAAGCUGCCCGCCAAAGACCUCAAUUACUUGGCUUUCGACUACCUGGCCGCACGAGUUCUAUACAUGGCCGUAUACAUGGGCGUCAAAUCGGAGGCUGCGAGCUAUCUUCGUACAGGUAUCUGGGCUUGGAGUGUCUCAAUCCCGAUUUGGACGCUUCUGCGCGCGGGAAAAGCUGUUGAAUCUGGAGAUCCUCUUUGA